UUUUAACCCUGACCCCCGUUGCCAGGUGCCACCCGCUGCUGUUUCAUAAACAGAAGAAGAACGCACUAAGAAAUGGCGUUGUCGAUAGAAUUGUUGAGAAGACUUGAUCAAGAAGAGGAACCGUUACCUAAACGACUUCGAUUGGCAUUGGCAGCAUUUAAAUCAAAUUAUUUGCCAGUUCAACGGAAAGAGGAGCUCAUUUUGAAGUGGUUGUGUGAUUACGGGGAAAGGAAUCAAAAUUCAGAGGAUGUUUGGUCUGUGCUUAAGGCCUGCUUAAACAGCAGUCACAUGAAGAAACUGAGCAGUGCUAACAUCAGACCGCCUGUCAAAUGUUCCCUUUCUCAGAUUCUGUGUGAACUUCUGAAAUCAGAGAGUACAUUCAAGAAUUCAGAGUUUACCAUUCUAGAAUGUGCAGUUUGUGUGCUAGAGAACACAAGCUUUCAGCACUACUUCAAGCAGCAGCUGGAACAGUUUUUUGAAUUCAUCAGUGUUGUUUUAAAUGUUGCCAUUAACGGAGAGAAUGUUGACUUUUGUGUGAGAAUAUUGCAAUCCAUCUGUGUUCUUAACAAACAAGUCUUUCAAAAGGAAGUGUUUUCUGUUUUGUUCAUUCAGAAAGCAUUACAACCUGCAAUUAAAUUUCUUGAGAUCAUACCCAGUCAACAUGUGGCAGAUUCAACUGCAAGUCACCUCAAAUUUGAGAUAUUCAAAUGUAUGCAGCAAGUUCUAUUUCCUAAGACACGUUCUAAAGAAAUAUCUCUGGUGUUCGUGUCCCUUUUUUCAGAAGAAAGUGGCCAUCGGAGUGUUAUUCUUGAAGCCCUUUUUGAGUGUGUUUCAUCUGCAGUAGUUAACAGCCCAUCAGAUUCAACUGUUCACUUAUUUUCUUCUGUAUUUCAAGCAUUUGUGUCUAGUUUCAAAAGUGAUGCAAAAUCUGUUCACAAGAUGUUUAUAACUCUGUGUUAUUUUGUUGGAUUUAAACCUAAAAUUAAAUUAAGUUCAUGUGGUGGAUAUAAAUCUGUACUGAAAUACAAGAAGUUUAAGACAUCAUUUCCAGAAUGUCAUAUCCAAAAAGUUCUGGAAAUAAAUGACAUAUCAAUGAAAGUAAUAAGAAAUCUUCUUGGUGUCUUGUCAGAUACAAAUGUCGUGAAUGGCAACAGUGAUGAAGUACCAUUUGAAGAGUGGUUGCAGGCAUUAAUAUCAGCUGCAAUUUCUUCCACGUCAAAAGACUCCAUUUCUUUAGCUUUACUGGAAGUUUUGUGUGCAUUCGUACGUUUAAGACCGCUAAUCAUUGAACCGAAAGUAAGUGAGAUUUUGGAACAUGUAAUGUUAGCAAAGAAAGAAACUGAAGAAAUAAGAGUAGCAUAUACCACUUUCUUCUGUGAUGUUUUGAAGAUGUUUGUGAAACUUAGUCGGCUGCAGAAAUUUGUAGCAAAGCUGUUAAAUCUCAGAAUAACACUCAGUUCAAGGGAGGCUGAAAAGGUACCGACACUCAGAGAUAUAUUGCCGAUAGAGUUCUGUACUGAGUUCCAAACUGCCAUAACCUUGUUGUCUGGUGGUCAGACAGUUGAACUAAUGAGAACCCUGUUGUUCCAUCUGAACCAGGACUGUGUGGUAGUGCUUGAGAAACAGCAGGGUGACUGUACCCUUCUGUUCCUGCAAAUUAUCAGUAAACUCAUGUGCCAUUUUCUUCGCGGAACUCGAGUGGCUGAUCAUUCUGUACCAUCUCAGAUAGUUUUGAAGUUCAGCAGCAUGAUGACAGAGUUGCAGGACUUGCUUGGAAAGCUGGGACAGGCACUACUGCAUAGGGAACAUAAUUGCCUGCUGAUGGUGGCAUUUCUUCAGCUGUGCUAUAACUGGGGAGAAAUGAAAGUACUGCUGAUACACUACAGUGUCAAGUAUGAAUCUGCUGCUGACCUGCAGUUGGCAGCAUUGCAAGAGGACAUCAGUGCUACCAACCUCUCUUACUUACACCCAUAUUUGAAUAGCGAAUUAUGGAACCUUGUUGCACAGAGAAUUGACAACUUCGGUGAAGCUGACUGCAAGGAGUUGUUGGUGAAGCUUAUCCUGCAGAAACUACAAGCUGUGGUCUUGUAUGUGAAUAAUAAUAAGACAAGACAAGACAUUAUGUUGUCUGCUGCAAGGCAUUUGAUGUCCCACAUCAGGGAAGCUUGGCCUAUUAUACUAACAGGAGCAAAUGCAUUGCUGGUAACAUCAGUCCUAAACCCAGAGCAGCUUGAGUGCUUCGCAAAUCAUGUUGUGCAAGAAAUAGGUUGCAGCUCUGAGUCCUGUUCAGAAGGGUUGGAUGCAUUAAAGAAGCCAGGUGUGCAGGAAAACAGAAUUUUGGUUGUAGCCUUUACUUGUGCAGCCCUAAGAUGUAUCAUGAAGUUGUUCUCUGGGAUAAAGAGGAAGAUUGACAGAGCCAGCCACCAGGUUGUCCAUCUCACAUUGGCUAGAAAAGUGUUGACCAGGUUAGAUCCAUGUCAUAUCUUGACAUGUAUGUCCAAGGAUGAUCUGGAAGCACUGACACCAGUUGUGAGAGACAUGGCCAGUGCAGUGAAUGGGAGUUUUAAAAAGGAGGAGGACAGUUUAGUUACAGAUGGAUGGAAACUUGAUGUGAUGGGUGUGCAGAGGUACCUGCAUAUUCUGGAGCUUCUACCCCUUCAGCACACACCAGGAAUUCUGAAGUCAUUAUUGGUUGUCAGUAUUCUAGCGUUGGCAAUCACAUUUGAGAGAUCAGACAUAUCAAGAGGAGAACAGCUGUCCAACAUCAGGAGCUUAUUAUACAGACAUCUUCUGUUAGGUCUCCUGGACAGCCCUGGUCUGCCUGAUCUCUCUAGUUAUCUCAGUAUUGGACAGCUUGCAAACUGGCUGACAAAUCUGGACCUGCCUUUAUCUAGAGACCUGCAAUGUCUCCUGUUCCAGCGGCUAUUUGAGUCAAGCUUAAGUUGCAGUUCCACCCUGCACCAGCUGCAGGAUGAAAUGCCAGUACUGCAGAAGCAGUCCAGCCAGUGGCCUCAAGAUAUGAAGACUCUGGGAACAGCUGUUGCCCUCCUUCAAGUUCUAAACAAGCAUGAAAAUCCAGAAGAUCAGUCGCUAUGCCUGAAGUACCAGCGCAGACUUCUGCGAAGCAUUGUCAGGAUAAUGGAACAUCAGGAUGGUGCAGCUGCUUCUCCAAGUGUUUUUGAAGGGUACAACUUGAUGUUAAUAUGGUGUCUUCAAGAAGGAGACUCCAAGCAGCUGGAGAAGCUCACACCUCAUCUCAGCACAGUUGUUGAGGCUUGUCUGUCUCAAAUACGAAGCAAGGACUUGCCUACUCAGUCAUCUUCCAUCAAGAGUUCACUAGAUCUUCUGGCAACAUUGCUUCAGUAUAAGUUUCAAUUUAAUGCUGUGUUGCCAUCAAACUUCAUUCACAGGGUGUGGAGUGAACUGGCAAACCAGGACAUGUCUGCUGGUCUCAGCACAGUGGGUGGUUCUGAACACAUGCAGCUUGUAUUUGAAGCGGCAACAGAAAAAGAGUUGUAUCCUAUCUUACAGGACUUAAAAGUUAUCACUAAAGUUGCAGUUCAGUCUUCAGAAAAGCCUGAAAUCCUGAGGGCAAGAUUGUCAAUUUGGAAAGCUGUCAUUCAAAGCAGAUUCAGUGAUGGCAGGAUCAAUGCUAGGAAGAUGGCACUGGAGCAACUGUGUCAGAUGCUAACAGUGUUUGUUAAUCGGUGUCGUGUCAUGCAUGGUACAUCUGGGGAGAGCAGCAUGUUGCCAGUUCUUGAACUUCUGUUGACCAUCACACAAAAGUCUUUGAUUUUCAUGUCUCCAGAGAUGCUUGAUCUUUGUUUUGAGAGUGUUACUACUGCACUGGCGGUAGAUUCACCAGAGCUACUCUCCCUGUGCUCCGUGUCAUUACAGCUGCUUCAGGUGCUCAUGAAAUUUCGUGAAUCCGUAGUGCUGGAUUGCAUUCCUUCUUUCCUUCAGUGUUAUCGACAGUUGGCAACAACAGUAGCUUCUCAUGGUCAUGUUGACCUGAGGUAUUCUGCAGCAGAGGUUAAGCAGUAUGCAGUCUGUGCCCAUGGGCUGGAGAGACUUACAAACUUGUUAAAGGAACAUAAACCAUAUUUUGUGAGAGUGGCAGCAUACAUAGUGGCUGACCUUCUGCAGUUUUUUGAGACAUAUACUCUCUACCCUGAGGUCAAGAUCCAUUACUCGAACUGCAUACACAGUCUGCUGAGCAUAUGUGACUCCCAUGCCAUACUCUUCCUGUCUCGCACUCUGACACCAGCAUCACAGCUGCUACUGAAGACGUUCUACACCACUUACAAUAAGUUCCAUCGCUUUACUGGCAAAGUAUAAUGCAGUGGAGUCACAUGCAGGGUUGAAGAUUCUUACAUGAACUUCUUGUUCUAAACUCAGUGGCAUUAUUAGAACACUUUAAGAUGGGUGGGAGUUCUGGUGUUAAAAAUUUUAUACAAGUACAUUUUGUGAGAAAAUGUUAUUUAAUGAACAUGACAAAUAUUAUUGUUACCAUGUUUCUAACUGACAUUUCUGAUUUUACGAGGAAAGAUUGGAUUGUAAGACCAUGAUGUUCGUGUCAGUUGUUUCGUUGUUGUUCUGUUGUGCUUUUAAGCCCAACAUGCUUGAAAACAAUUUAUUGGAUAUAAUUAUGUCAUGACUUUGUAGAAAUAUAUUUUAUGUGACAUCAUA